AAUUCGACCAAAACAAGAAUGAAAUUCGAAAAGACCAAAUUGAUCCAAAAUGCAAGUGACACGUGAUCGAAGUACUAUAAAAAGUCGACAGCCGAUCCAUUGGGCACAUUCGAAUUCGUUCAACAGUUUCAUCAACAAAAUGGCUUUUAAGUUCGUAGUUUUGACCACUCUGCUCGCUGUCGCCCAUGCAGGCCUUAUUGGCGCACCCUUAGCGACUCCACUGGCAGCGCCCGUCUUCCAUCAUGCACCCAUAUCUUAUGCAGCUCCUGCGAUUUCUUACGGCGCUCCACUGGCUCCUGCUAUUGCUAAAGUAGCUGUUGCUGCUCCAGUCGCCAAGGCUGUUGUUGCUGAGGAAUACGAUCCCAACCCACAGUACUCUUUCGGAUACCAAGUGGAAGAUGCCUUGACCGGAGACAGUAAGAGUCAAAGUGAAACCAGAAACGGAGAUAUCGUACAAGGAUCCUACUCAUUGAACGAUCCUGAUGGCACCCGUCGUACCGUCGACUACACUGCUGAUCCAAUCAACGGUUUCAACGCUGUCGUACGCAAGGAACCUUUUGUAGCUAAAGCCGUAGUUGCUGCUCCCGCUGUCGCUAAGGUAGCCGCACCAGUAGCUUAUGCUGCACCCGCGCAGGUACUCCACGCUGCUCCAGUACUUCACUCUGCUCCAGUACUUCACUCUGCUCCAGUACUUCACUCUGCUCCAGUACUUCACUCUGCUCCAGUACUUCAUUCUGCUCCAGUACUUCACUCUGCUCCAGUACUUCACUCCGCUUCUGUACUUCACGCUGCCCCAGUAGCUAAAUUCGCCGCACCCUUAGCAUAUGGUGCCCCUGUUGCCAAACUUGCUGCGCCUGUGGCUUACUCUACCUCUUUGAUUCAUUAAAAACAUGCUCCUGUUGGAUAUUUUUAAAAAGCUCGAGGAAAAUACUCAAGAAAUAAUAAACUAGUAAAAAUUAAACUAAGUUAAUUGAAAUAUUUUUUGAGAAACCAUAUUAAACAAAAAUGGCUUUUACUUUUUUUCACUGUGUAUGCUUUUUUACGGUAAUAAUAUGGUGCCAGUAAAAUAUAUUUCGUUCGAGCUUUUUAAAACUAUCUACAUGGUAUAAAUGGCUGUAUGAUAA